AUGGCUAGAUCCGCGACGGCCCAAAGCCACUCCACCCAUGAUCCCGCGAUCGACAUGGUGGCACCGCCACCUCUCACCACCGCACCGGCCACCGCCGCCGAACAUGGUGGAACUUCCCAUCAAGAUGGACUCGUCACCACCGCCGACCCGGGGCCGGUCUUGGAGCGACUCCAAGCAUUCCCUUCAUUGCCUCCACGCGCGACGCACGCUCCUGCAUACACCUCCAAUGAAAACCUAGCCCGUGUGCAGUUGGGCUCCACGCACUUCUCUCCUCCCGAUCCACGAAGUCAAGCAGACGCGCAGUCCACCAACACUCCAACUAGGCAGCACGGACGAGAAAGUCGACUCUCAGAGGACAACGAGGAAGUCAGUCAAUCCUGUGGAGGUCGCCAACGCAACAAACUAGCAAUGUGUGCAGAGGACGUUGAGAAGCUCGUAAAUGACCGACUCCAAGACUUGAAGACUGGAGGAAACUUCGAGGAUUCACUACGCAAGGAGAUGGACCAGGUGAACUCUACGCCUUUCACCCUCGAUAUCGAGCAGGCUGUUCACCCAAAGCGAUUCUCGACACCCUCGUUCAUACACUUCAAAGGGGAUUCCGAUCCCGAGAGCCACAUAAAACACUUCAAAAGUGUUAUGAUCCUCCACCAGGCUGACGACGCGCUAAUGUGCAAGGUGUUUGCAAUGACUUUGCUAGGAGCAGCCCAAGACUGGUUCCAUACCCUGCCAUCUGGGUCGAUCAGCAGCUUCAAGGAGCUAGCUUAUAUCUUCACCAAAGAAUACACUUCUUACCGGAUGAUCAAGAAGAAUCCUGACCACCUGUUCAACUUGCAAAAGAAGUACGAAGAAUCCCUUCGAGAUUACAUCAAGAGGUUCAAAGCAGAAAGGGCGAACAUCAUCGGAUGUGACGAUCGAAUCGCGUCAUCGGCCUUCAAGAGGGGCUUGCCAGUUGAGUGUGAGCUGUAUCGCGAGCUGACCAUCUCUCCCUGCCAAACACUAGUAGAAGUCUUCGCUACAGCAGAGCGCUAUGCGCUUUGGGACGAUGACCGGACCGCCGCAAAGAAAGCUGCCAAGCAAGCCGAUCAGCCGGUUGAGCCGACAAGCCAAAGAAACGACAUGAUAAAAGACAGGGAUGGGGGCAAGCGCGAAUUACAGCCUCAGGGAGGUGCUCCAACAACUGAGACCUACACUAAGUUUACUAUUCCGAUACAGCAGAUCCUAGCCCAAGUAAAGGACAUGCCUUGGUUGAAGAAACCAUUGCCUUUGAAGGGAAACCCAGCCAAGAAGGAUACCAGUAGAUACUGCGAAUUCCAUGAAGGGCACGGUGAUUACACAAAUGACUGCUUCGCCUGGAAAAAGCACCUCGAAGAACUGGUCGGAGACGGCCAUUGCGCGGAAUUCAUCGCAAAAGGGGCUAUCCAGCAAGUCAAAGAUCGUGACGCGACUACCAAUGAACCUCCACGAAAAAAGUCAUACGGAUCAGCACGAUCUUAG